CCAUUUUUAACCACUUGAAACCGCUUGAAUUGUUGGCGCUAUACUGUAUUGCUACGUUACAUGUUCCUACUUUCAUUGGUGUAAUCGGUGUUUGUGGCUACACUACUGUAUUAUGAUUGACGACAUAGCUAAUAUUAUUCCUCAGUUAACACAUGGUCUUCAUAAAGGUCAAAUGGGAAGAAUCGCCGUAGUUGGAGGAUCAAAAGAAUAUACUGGAGCACCAUACUUUUCAGCUAUCAGUGCUUUGCAUUGUGGGGCUGAUUUAGUUCAUGUAGUAUGUUCUGCUUCUUCGUCUCCUGUUAUCAAGUCAUAUAGUCCCGAAUUGAUUGUUCAUCCUGUUCUGGAUGGAGUUCUAGCAGAAGCGACCAAAUGUAUGGACAGAGUUCAUGCAAUUACAUUUGGACCUGGUCUGGGACUAACGGAAAACGUUGAAAAUACUACAAAACUGAUAGAUUAUUGCAAGCAUUCUAACAAGCCUAUUGUCAUUGAUGCUGAUGCUUUACAUAUCGUUACUCAAAAUCCAUCACUCGUAGAAGGUUAUGAUAAAACUAUUCUUACUCCAAACACUGUUGAGUUUUCAAGAUUAUAUUAUUCUGUGUUUUCGUCUCAACCAUAUGAUACCAAAGAUGCGACAAGAUCUCUUGCUGAAAAACUUGGUGUCACCAUUGUCCAUAAAGGUCCUACAGAUAUUAUAUCAAAUGGUCAAACAACUGUACAAUGUGUGGAUCAAGGAUCACCCCGCAGAUGCGGUGGACAGGGCGAUGUUCUAUCUGGUACAAUGUCAGUCUUCAACUACUGGUUUCACCAAUUUAAUGAUAACAAUCCGAAUCUACUGUUUGCAGCUACUAUUGGAGCUGCAUUCGCAGCUUGUUCUCUUACACGAAGAUGUUCACAAUUGGCAUACGCUAAAUACGGUCGUUCCAUGAUAACUACGCAGAUGUUGCCAGAAAUACAUAAUGCAUUCGAACAACUAUUCGCUAAAACACCAAUCUCAUGAAGCAAAAUAUCACGCUUUUCUGUAUUCUUAACAAACCUUAUUGAGUUGUUUUCAUCAAAUACGUAUUAACUUUGUACUGUAAUUGACUAACAAGUCCCACGGCAAUUCUGUUUAGUCCUGUAAAGGAUAUAACUUCUUGUAACUUUGCUACUGUCUUCCACAAAUUAUUGUUGUCAGUAAGUGGGAAUUAUGCCUACAUUCUAGUUUAAGUGUGACACUUUAACAAACGUAGUUAGAAUUAAGUCGCUUCUUGGUUGUGUAAUCCCAUCACCAACUUUUCGCUUUAAUAAUUACAGGCCAUCUUGUCCAACUGGUCCCCGAGACUUUAACCAUCCUUAAUCACAUUUCCGGUCGACUACUAUUCUGCCAAAAAAAAAUUGUAUUUACCUUUAAAAGUAUGCAAAUUUGUUUUCGAAUUUUUAUCAUAAAGUAAAUGAGUUGUAAAUACCACAAUAACUUAAGAAGCUCCUAAUGAUAAGAAAUUGAGGCUUCUGUU